CGCGCCUCUGCCUCCCUCUCUCUCGUCAUCUUCUACCGGCACGGCGCAGCACCGGCACCGCGGCACGGCGCAUGGAGAUGGACCCGCCGCCGCCGCCACCCCUGCACGCCGACCGCCGCCGCCGCUUCCGCGACUACCUGCUGGCGCUGGAGGAGGAGCGACGCAAGAUCCAGGUGUUCCAGCGCGAGCUUCCCCUCUGCCUCGACCUCGUCACACAGACUAUCGAGGGGAUGAGGAGUCACAUGGACAGCGUCGUCGUCGGCAGCGAGGAGACGGUGAGCGACCACGGCGGCCCCGUACUGGAGGAGUUCAUGCCGCUCAAGCCCACAACCCUCUCGUCGUCCUCCUCCCAGCCCCAUUACCAGGACGAGCACGACAGCGCCCACUACCUUGAACACCGCCGUGGUUCCGCCGCCACGGCCAACGACGUCGUCGAUGCCGACAAGGACGGCGAGGCGGUGGGCGAUCUGGAGACGGCAGCAGCCAGCAGCAGCAGGCCGUUGCCACAUCCGGAAACGAAGAAGGCGAUGCCGGACUGGCUGCAGUCCGUGCAGCUCUGGAGUAACCAACAACAGCCCUCCGCGUCCCCGCCGCAGCACCAGGAUGAGCUGCUGCUGCCGUGCAGGCCGGUGGCGCUCAACGCCUGCAGGAAGCCCGGGGGCGCGUUCCAGCCGUUCGAGAAGGAGAAGAAGAAGAAGGACAAGGAGGAGAAGCAGCGCGCCGAGCUGGAGCUGCCGCUGCCCGCCGCGGCGAGCUCGGCCGUGGUCGGGGACAGCUGCGACAGGGCCGGCGCCACCGACACGGACACCGACACGGCCGAGAACAAUAAGGCCAGCAGCAACAAAGGCGGCAACGACAAGGAGGCUCAGCUGUCCUCGCAGUCGCAGGCGCCCAGCCGGAAGGCGCGGCGGUGCUGGGCCCCGGAGCUCCACCGCCGGUUCCUACAGGCGCUGCAGCAGCUCGGCGGGUCCCACGUGGCGACGCCCAAGCAGAUACGGGAGCUCAUGAAUGUCGACGGCCUCACCAACGACGAGGUCAAGAGCCAUUUGCAGAAGUAUCGUCUCCACACUCGGCGGCCGAACUCGGCGGCGGCGGCGGUCCAGAGCGGCGGCACCAGCGUCGUUGCUCCGCCGGCCGCACCGCAGUUCGUCGUGGUGGGGGGCAUCUGGGUGCCACCGCCGGAGUACGCUGCCGCUGUCGCUGUCGCUGCGGCAGCCGCAGCGCAGCCGCAGCAGGUGCACCUAGCCGGCGACGCGUCGGGAACGACGACAACAGCCGCCGACAAGGUGUACGCGCCGGUGGCGACGACGUUGACGCCCGCACCGCGACCGCGACCGCGACCGCGUCCGGAGAGGCAGUCGAGCAGCUGCUCCGGCGCGCGGCGCAGCGGGGACGCCUGCUCUGGCUCGCCGGCCGUGUUGUCGUCGUCGUCGCAUACCGCCUCUGCCUAAUGAAACGCCGUCGGUCGGUCGGUCGCCAACUCGGCUUCUAAUUUUAGCUGAUUAUUACGUCCGGAGGUACAGACAGUCAGACGUACACACGUGAAUCUGGGAGCUCCUUCUUCGUGCUAGCUUGAAUACGAUAAUAUGAUCCAGCAUUUUGCUCUCUGUUUUUGUGAUUAAAGAUGAAAAAAGAAGAGUGGUACGCGCCCUGCAGACCACAAUUGUUUUGUACUAGUUAAAAAAAUACUUUUGGUGUUGUUU